AAAAAGAGCUACAAAUUCAGCGCACGCGAGUUGUUUUUCUCCAACGUGCACUGUGCACACUUUUAUAAUUUUAAGGACAUUAGUCAAAGAAUAGGAGUGAUGUUUUACCCCCUGGUGGAUUCCAGCGCAACUGCCAACAUUUUCCCAGCUGAUCUCAUUAAACCGGUUCAACCCUUUCCAAUCCAAACCAAGGAAAAACAAAACUAUUUAAAAUCAUUUAAUAAUGAAUCCAUCCAGAUAAUGAAAAGAAAAAUGAAGCUGCAGUGCCCGACAAUCACCUCAAAUAACGUCGACGAUGGCCGAAAAAGAUGCCACCUCACGGACCUUACAAACAUUGAUCCCAAACUAGAAUCUGGUUUCCAGGUUAAAAGUGAAAACCAAGAUGUCUGCCCCCGUCAGAAAAAUGGUAAAGUGAUCCCGCGAACCAUUGAUCCUUCAGAAAAUGUUCUUAAAAAACGGAGAUUGGCAGCAAAUGCGCGAGAGCGGCGGCGAAUGGAUUUAUUAAACCGCGGAUUUGACCGAUUACGCGGCGUUCUGCCCGGCCUGGGCUCACAGCACCAGCUCUCUAAAUAUGAAACUUUACAAAUGGCGCAGUCUUACAUAAGUGAACUUAAGAAUCUUCUUCAAGAUUAAUCUAAACUAAAGUUUGUUUUUAUUUAUCUCAUUGAACUUUCCAUAUUCAGAAAAGAAAUCCAAAAAUUCCUUCAGAGUUGUAAACAUACGGUUUUUACGUGAUAAUAAAGAAUUUAUAUGUAAAUUUAAAGAUUUAAGUAGACU